AUGGACGAAGAAUACAUGGAUUCCCAGGACUCUGGUAUGAAUGAAGUAAGCAAUCGCAAUGAGGGAAAUGACAAUCCUAAUGAACCGCCGAAAGAUAUCGGAGAAGGUUUGGGUUAUGAAGAGAAUUACGAAGAUGAAGACGGCGGCAAUAGCUUCAGAGGUCGAGGCCGUGGAAACUUUAGGGGUCGGGGUAGGGGCCUACCACCACCAGGAUGGAUGAAUGGGCCUCCACCACCAAUGAGGUUCCGUGGCCGGGGCUUUGGUCCAGGCGGCCCUCCAAUGCGACCGAGAGGUUUCUUCCGGGGUCCUCCAAGAGGAGGUCCUCCUCGUUUCGGGCCCAAUGGCGGGCCUGGGUUCGAUGGAAACUGGGGUCCGAUGGGUCCACCUCCAGGCAUGAUGGGAGGUCCGCCCCCGUUCGGGCCGCCCCCAGGUAUGAUGCCGCCGGGAGGACCUAUGGGUCCUCCUCCUAAUAUGAUGGGACAGCCGCCGCCUUUCGCCGGUCCACCUGGGAUGCCGCCACCAAAUAUGCCUGCUCCAGAGUUAUGGGUAGAGACAAAGACAGAGGACGGCAAAUCAUACUACUACCAUUCACGGACGCGAGAGACAACCUGGACGAGGCCGCAGGAGAGUCCCACCUGCAAGGUCAUUACGCAAGCUGAGAUGGAAGCUAUGGCCGCUUCAGGUCACCAAAUGCAAGGCAUGAAUGGGCCGCAGUCUAUGAUGAGUGGUCCUCCAAUGGGCGGGCCUCCGAUGGGAGGACCUCCCAUGGGUGGUGGGCCGCCUAUGGGUGGUGGACCUCCAAUGGGUGGUGGACCUCCAAUGGGUGGUGGACCUCCAAUGGGUGGUGGACCUCCAAUGGGUGGUGGACCUCCAAUGGGUGGUGGACCUCCAAUGGGCGGUGGCCCUCCAAUGGGUGGACCUCCUCCUAUGGGUGGUGGACCUCCAAUGGGUGGAGGACCUCCAAUGGGUGGAGGACCUCCAAUGGGCGGGGGGCCUCCUCCAAUAGGUGGUGGCCCUCCAAUGGGUGGUGGCCCUCCUAUGGGUGGUGGCCCUCCAAUGGGUGGUGGUCCUCCAAUGGGGGUUAUGAAUGGCAUGAUGCCCGGAGGUAUGCUUCCUCCUGGAGUGGCACCAGGUCCAGCUCAGGGCUCCGUGCCGCCGUUCAUGACCCAGCCUCCACCAUGGAUUAAAGAUGGAGGCAACAAGGAUGUACAAGAGUCAGCAAGUCCAGUGGAUAGUGACGAUGCCCCUCCUGGUGAUGUAGCACCUUCCACACAGCAUAGCGGUGGUGGCGGUUUCCCGGGUCCGUGGGGCAACUGGGGCUGGGCGCCCCCUGGCGUGACGCAACACAGCGGCCCGCCCAACGCUGGGCCCAGCCCGGCCAGUGCCGCGAACGCACUCGUCUCCGCUGCUGUACCAGACAAAGGUGCAGCAACUCAAAUGCCACAAAUGGUGACCACACCAGUGACGAUAGCUGAACCUACUAUAGUUGAAGCUGUAGUGCAACCUGUAGUCAAGAAGGAAGAGACAGUGAUCCCUCCAGAACUGGCCGCCCAAGCAGCGGAGUGGACAACCCACAGAGCCCCAGAUGGUCGACCCUACUACUAUAACUCGAGCAAGCAGGAAUCAGUGUGGGAUAAGCCGGCACCCAUGCAGCAGCUUGAGGAGCUGCAAGCAAAGAUUGCUGCGGAAAAGGGAGAAGUGCCUGAAAAGAAGAUAGAGAAAAUUGAUUUGGACAACGAGAGUAAGGUGGAAGUGAUCGACGUGGAAGCGCACGCGGAGGCGCAGGCCGCGGCGGCCGCAGCGGCAGCCGAGGCGGCGCGCCGGGCGGCCGAGCGCGAGCGCGAGCGCGAACGCGAGCAGCAGGAGCGCGAGCAGCAGGAGCGAGAGAAGGCCGAGCGCGAGAAGGCCGAGCGGGAGAAGGCCGAGCGCGAGAAGGCAAAACAGGACCGCAGCCGGCCCAUAUCGAGCACGCCCAUAUCGGGCACGCCCUGGUGCGUGGUGUGGACCGGCGACGGGCGCGUGUUCUUUUACAACCCAACGGCUAACUCGUCGGUGUGGGAGCGGCCGCCACAGCUGGUGGGCCGCGCCGACGUUGACAAGGCUGUCAGCCAGCCGCCGCUGGAGCUGCAGCGCAAAGACAACCCUCCGGCUGCUACUGGCAACAACACAGCUAACGCAACAGGCAACGGCGAGCUAAAGAGGUCCGCAGACUCUGACAGCGACGACUCAGAUCAUGAACCCGCCAAGAAGGCGAAGUCUGAUGACUCCGCGAGCAAGAAGGGGGCGGGGGGCUCGGGCGGCUCGCUGAUCGACGCGGGCAAGGAGGCGGCCGUGGAGGCGGAGAUCCGCGCGGCCCGCGAGCGCGCGCUGCUGCCCUUCGAGCAGCGCGUGCGCAGCUUCCUGCAGAUGCUGCACGAGAGCGAGGUGUCCGCCUUCAGCCCCUGGGAGAAGGAGCUGCACAAGAUCGUCUUCGACAGCCGCUACCUGCUGCUCACCUCCAAGGAGAGGAAACAGGUAUUCGACAAAUACGUCCGCGAGAGGGCAGAGGAAGAGCGUAAGGAGAAGAAGAACAGGCUGCAGCAGAAGAAGAAUGAGUUCAGGCAACUGAUGGAAGAGGCCAAACUACACUCCAAGUCCUCAUUCUCGGACUUCUCGUCGAAACACGGCCGCGACGAGCGUUUCAAGGGCAUCGAGAAGGUACGCGAUCGGGAGAAGUUCUUCAACGAGUAUAUCGUGGAAGUGCGCAAGAGGGAGAAAGAAGAGAAGGAAAGGAAGAAGGAGCAGGUAAAAUCUGACUUCAUAGCACUUCUGAAAGAGAAGUCAGUGGGCAGACAUUCAAGAUGGGCGGAAGUCAAGAAGAAGGUUGACCUCGACCCGAGGUACAAGGCAGUGGAAAGCAGUACCCUAAGAGAAGAUUACUUUAGAGAGUACUGCAAGAUGGUGAAGGACGAGAGAAAGAAGGAAAAAGAUGGCAAAGAGAAGGAACGUGACCGGAGCAGUAGUAAGAAAGAGAAGAAAGACAAAGAAAGGGACAAAGAAAAAGAGAAGGAGCGCGACAAGGACAGCAAGAAGGAGAAAAAGAAAGAAAAGACUGGUGACAAACAAUCGGAUCAAUCCACGGAGGAGGAGAAGAAACAGCCCACUCCCCCUCCAGAUCAGUGGGCGGAGAUCCUUGGAAUACCUGGUGAGGAGGAUUCGAAAGAGUCCAAAUCAACAAAAACCUCAAAGAAUAAGCGAGACGAAUCGUCAGAAAAGUCCGAGGAGUCGAAAUCUACGACUCCAGAGAAGGAGGAGAAGGAGGUGCGCUCACCGAAACAGCUCAGAUCCUCCAAGAAAGAGUUGCCUACGCCCGAGAAAAAAUCCCCCUUUAAAUCUCCGCAGAAGAAGAGAAAAACAGAGUUCAAAUCGCCUGAACCAGAGGAGACCACCAAGAAAUCUAAGAAGACGGAGAAAGCCUCCAAGACGGAGAAGGAGAAGCGUAAGAAGUCCGAAAAGAAUUAG